AUGAAUUCUGUAUCUAAUAUAGAUGACCCUCGUUUUCGAAUAACUCCAGUUCAACAGAUGGCUGCUGCAUGUUCAGGAGCAUUAAUCACAUCAUUUUUUGGUUAAUUUUUUAUAAUAUAGUGUAUAUAUAAAAAACAAUGCAAUUAAUGUACAUUCAAUUUUUUAGUUACUCCGUUGGAUGUUAUAAAAGUGCGCAUGCAAGCGCAAUCAAGAAUUACUGCUAAAAAUAAAUGUUUUUUUUAUAACAAUGGAUUAAUGGAUCACAUUUGUCCAUGUAAUCCAUUAAAAAAAAAUGGUUCAAAUGGUUAUUACAGAAAUGUUCCAUGGUUUGACAGGCCUAGUCAAUUUACUGGAACUCUAGUAAAUACUUCUGCUAAUGUUCAUUGAAAUAAAACAAUUGAGAUAUUUUUUUAUUAAAUGUUUAGGAUGCUUUUAAAAAAAUCAGCAAAAAUGAAGGAAUUUUAUCAUUAUGGAGUGGUUUAAGUCCAACAUUAAUACUUGCAUUGCCUGCUACUAUCGUUUACUUUGUAUCAUAUGAACAGAUUCGGCGUUCUGUUCAAGAUUUAAAAAAGCCAUAUUAUGACACUAAACAUAAUCAAAAUCAGCCACUAUGGAUUUCUGGCUUAUCAGGAUGUCUUGCCCGUUUUGGUGCUGCUACAUGUGUAAGUCCGUUAGAACUAAUACGAACAAAAAUGCAAUCAAAAAAACUUAGUUAUUUAGAAGUGCAUCAAGCAUUACAAAGUUUAUUACAAUACCAUGGUUAUAAGGGUCUUUGGAAAGGCCUUGGUUCUACUCUUCUUAGAGAUGUUCCUUUUUCUGGUAAAUAAUUAAUAUUUUUGUUUGUAAAUAGUAUAAUAAUUUUAAUUUAUUUUCCUUUUCAUUGCUCCAAAUAUAUUAUAAUGUUCUUAUUAAAUAGAAAACUAAAUACACGACGCUCAUAUAAUACCUAAGAGUGGUGAUUAUACUGAAAAAUAAAAAAAUGUAAUCCAUUAUAUUUUGAUGUAAAUAAAUUUUUAAUUUCAAAAUUUGGUUUUGUAAAAUUAAAUUACAACAAAUAAUAUUAUUUUUAUGUUACAUAGAUAGAUUGCAGAGCAUGAUAUAUUUUAGCAGUGAAAAGAAUAAUGUUUACAAUUUGUAUUCCUUAAAAUGUAUUUAAAAAAAAAAUGUUUUUAUUUUUAUAAGGAAUAUAUUGGGUUACGUAUGAACGUAUUAAACAAGCAACUGCUAAACCUACUUUUAUGUAUAAUUUCAUUGCUGGGUGCAUAGCUGGUUCGGUAAUGUAUUUUUAAUUCAUUUUAUUAUUGUUAAAUUAAUAUUUUGUAGCUUUCUAGAAGCUUAUUUGUUAUGCUCUUGGGUUCAUAUUGUAUUUCUUGAUUUUGCCGAGUAUAUUUAUUAAUUUUUUAUAAUCCAUAGAUUUGUUUAAUGAUGCAAUAGAAUUUACUUUACGUUUCCUAAUUUCUGUGUCUUUUUCCAGCUAGUUGUAUUAUUUAACUCAAUUGAAACUUGCAACCUUAUCAUAUUUCAAAUAAAUUAUAUUCUAUCUUUGGGUUAUAAGAACAUUGCAUUGGUAAUAAUUGUGUGUUUCUCUUUGUAGAAUUUGUUCAGUUAUUCAUCUCUUUGAAUUUGGUUUUCAAGUCUAAACUUUUUUUUAUAAAAAAAAAUAUUUCCCUACCCUAUUAUAUUAUUCCAGUAUCUUUGUAGAAUCUAUUGCUAUUUUUGAUAUUUCUUCAUUCCUGUAACUGUUGACAUGUAUAUAUUAUAUUGGUUUUAUAAAUAUAUCUAUUAGUUUUAAAUAUCUAUAUUUAUUUCAUUGAAGAUUAUAAUAUACUUUAUUUUUUGUUCUUUAGUACAAUUAUUACUGUGAUCUUGUAUUAAUUUCUAUUAAAACAUUUAAUAUUUUACUGAACAAAAAUUUACAUGUCCUUUCUAUUUCAAAUAAUCAAUGUUUACCUAAGACAUUAAUACGUUAAUUUUGUAAUAUUUCACUUCAAUUUCAAAUUGUUUACUUACUUCCUUGUAAUCCUCUCUCACAUAAGUAGGAUAAACUAUGUAUAAGUUUAUUAUAAAUAAGAUAAUAUAUAUAUAUAUAUAAAUAUUACAUUUAUUGGUUUAGUUUUUGUUAAUUCUAUAACUCUAUAACCCUGUAAACAUUGACAUAUUUCAAUAAGUACUUUUAAAAUGUUUUAGUUAGCUGCAGCACUAACAACACCAUUUGAUGUUGUGAAAACAUUUCGACAAAUUGAAUUAACUGAAAAAGAAAUCAUUACAGGUUAGUUGAAUUCAUUAUAUAAUUUAUUAAAGAGGCUACCAAAUGAGGAAAAUAUUUCAAAGAAACAAAUUAUAGAGACAUGUUGGUAUAAUGGAAUAAUAUUUUGACUGUUAGAAACCUAUUUAGCAUAAGUAACACUUUUCUUAAAAUUCUUAAUUCACUUUUUGGUAUUUUAUAACAAGUGACAGAAAUAAAUCUAUUAUGAAAUAAUAUUUUUCAGGAAAUCAUAAAUCACUGACAAUAUAAAAUAAGAAAAUAAAGAUCUUUUGUCACCUCACACCACCUAACACAACCAACCUCACCCUAAUAAUUAUUAAACCUGAAAAGUACGGUUUAAUAUUUCAUUUUCUUAAUUUUUACUACCCAUAAAUUAUGUUGCCUCGUGAAAUAUUAUUUUUUAUUAGUAAAUUCCUUUAUAUUAUUAUUCUCAUAUAAUACUAUUCCUAAUCAAAAUUUAAUUCCCUAGAAAUAUAUUAUUCCUUAAAAAUACAGUUUUAUUCAAAUAAUUUACUGAUUUAUAUGUACUCGUAUGUUAACAAAAUAUAAACCUAAGUUUUAAUUUCAGAACCUCCUGGGAAAGCUUCAAAAUGGACAGUAAAAGCGGUUAUUGAUAUUUAUCAAAGAAAUGGUGUAUCUGCAAUUUUUAGUGGUUUAGUUCCUCGGAUGAUCAAAAUAGCACCUGCAUGUGCUAUAAUGGUAUCCACAUUUGAGUAUGGAAAACAAUUUUUUGAAAAUAAAAAUAUGGAAUAUUAUAAUAAAAAAAUUGAAUAA